UGCGUCGUAGAGUAGACAAUUUUGUGCUGUUGAAAUCCUUUUAGAAUAUCACGAUUACUUAUCUUAUAUAAGAAUUGUUAAGAAGUCUGUGAAACUGCCCUCAACACUCUCCAUUUUAGUUUUGAUUAAAUUGAUAAUUGCCGGUGGACGUCGUGGUCUCUUAUAAUUGAAGAAAGUUUGAGGAGAUGGAGUCAAACCAACAUCGCAGCUGUUUCCAAGUCGGCGGCCGGUGUAAGUGCACCGGAACAUUUGUCCCUCUGAACGAGCUGAGAGAGAAGAACCGCUUGUGUGACGCGGUGCUGAGGUUGGAGGACGGCGGCGUCUUUCGAGUCCACAGAGUGAUUCUGUCGAUGCGCAGCGAAUAUUUCAGGAAUCUCUUCACGACAACACUGCAUACCGGUGAGGAGACUGAUGUUCUCCUCCGCGGAGUCAGCUCAGACAUGAUGACCCACAUACUGGAUUAUAUUUAUUUUCGCGAGGUGGACAUCCGCUCCGGCAACGCGUGUCAGCUGCUCGAGACGGCUGACUACUUGUGUAUUCCGGACGUUACUGAACUCUGCUUCGACUUCCUCAUGAACACGAUGGAAGCCGACAACUGUAUCAGCAUCAUGCAGUACGCAAGGUUUCACUCCUUCGCCGACCUCGAGCCUCACGCUCGUCGCUUCGUUCUGCGCCACUUCGUGGAAGUGUCUCAGCAGAGCAAAGAACUGCUGGAACUGCCUGUAGAGGAGCUGCAAGCGAUAAUCGGGUCCGAGGAUCUGAACGUGAAGGACGAGAAAGUUGUGUGGGAGUGCAUUCUCCGGUGGAUCAACCACCACCUGGACAACAGGAAAGGCCACAUCGCGGGCCUUUUGAAGGGCGUCAGGCUGGGACUACUUGACGAACAAUUUUUCAAGGAGCAGGUUUCAAAGCACCCGUACGUGACCGAGAAUGAGGCGUGCAGACCCGUGAUCUCGGAGACGCUCACAUUCCUGGAAGACGUGAAAAGUUUGACGAAGGAAGACAAGGAAUUCGUCACACCAAGGAUUGCCCGCCCCCGAAUUCCACAGGACAUUCUAUUUGCUAUUGGUGGGUAUCGUGACGGAAAGCCUUCAGAUGUGAUCGAAGCGUACGACGUACGAGCAGACUCGAGAAAUAAAUUACAAUUUUGA